GAUAGCGAGUCUUGUAAUUUGUAAAGAAGUGAAAGUGAGAGAAAAAAAAUCUUGUAAAUGAGUAUACUUCUUUAUAUAUUUGUUUGUAAAGUACCAAAUUUCAGUCCUUUAUAUUAGUAAGUACCAAAUAGUUGUAUAAUAUUGAUUCUUACAUUUAUUUUCUUAAACAUCAAAAUUUUAUUUUAUUGCAGAAAAGAAAUCAUUAGAUAGUAAACUAUAAAUUCCCAAUUUGGUUGUUUUUAUAAAUGGUUAUAUUUUUAGCCAAAAAGUAAAAGAAUCUCAAAAUUAAUUAGAUUUAUAUAUAACCAUAUAAGAUUACUAAAAAGUGACACAUGUCAAAGUAUGAGAUGCCAAAUGAAGUAAAAAAUCUUAUACUGUAAUUAACUUAAGGUAUUGAAUCUGAACAGAUGUUACGUGAUUUUUUAUUUUAAUUGUGUUAGUGUGUGUGUAAAAUUGUAUAUUGUACAACUAUAUAAAGAUGAUAGUAGUUGUUGCUCAAAUUUAUAACUGGAUCUGAAACCAACAUCACAAAUUAGAGAGAGAUGGCUGACAGAGGAAAAAUGGUUUGCGUCACCGGAGCUUCUGGUUACGUAGCGUCUUGGAUUGUUAAGCUUUUGCUUCUCCGUGGCUACACCGUUAGGGCCACCGUUCGAGACCCAAGUGAUGCAAAGAAAACAGAACAUCUUCUUGCACUGGAGGGUGCAAAAGAAAGACUCAAACUGUUCAAAGCAGAUCUUUUGGAAGAAUCUUCUUUCGAGCAAGCAAUUGAAGGAUGUGACGCUGUCUUCCACACCGCUUCUCCAGUUUCAUUAACUGUGACUGAUCAUCAGAUUGAGCUGAUUGAUCCGGCCGUUAAGGGAACACUUAACGUCCUUGACACUUGUGCUAAAGUGUCAUCUGUUAAGAGGGUCAUCGUAACAUCGUCCAUGGCCGCAGUUUUGUUUCGUGUGCCUCCCUUGGGACCAAACGACUCAGUAGACGAGAGUUGCUUCUCGGAUCCAAAUUUUUGCACUGAGAAUAAGCUUUGGUAUGCACUCUCAAAGACUUUGGCCGAAGAUGAAGCAUGGCGAUUCGCAAAGGAAAAAGGGCUUGACUUGGUCGUAAUAAAUCCAGGACUUGUGCUCGGACCGCUCUUGAAACCAAGUCUUACUUUCUCAGUAAAUGUGAUUGUGGAUCUUAUUACAGGUAAGGACAAUUUCAUUAACAAGAAUUUUAGGCUCGUCGAUGUGAGGGAUGUUGCCCUCGCUCAUGUCAAAGCGUUCGAGACUCCUUCUGCCAACGGUAGAUAUAUCAUUGAGGGUCCGGUGGUGACGAUAAAUGACAUUGAGAAGAUUUUGCGUGAAUUCUUUCCUGACUUGAAUCUCGUUAACAAGAAUGAAGCAAUUGAGAUCAUUCCAGUGAUUUACAAGCUAUGUGUUGAAAAAGUGAAGAGUUUGGGAAUUGAGUUCACUCCUACAGAAGCAACCAUUAGAGACACUAUUCUUAGCCUCAAAGAGAAAUGUCUUGUGUGAUGAGCAUAUCUUGUUAUUGCCUCUCUGUCCUUUUUAAUUUUACUAUUGAACAUAAAAAAAAAGUAAGCUUGCUCUU